AUGCCGGAUCAGCGACAGCAGACUAAUAGUUCUGUGCGAGACGACGAUGCAUAUCCAUACCAGCAGCUUACGGUCCUUGCACUAUGUCGUCUCGCCGAACCCAUCGCAUUCUGCUCCAUCACAGCCUACACCUUUGUGAUGGUUGUCGACAUUAAGGGCGAAGAGAAUGCCUCGUUUUACGCCGGCCUUUUAAUCUCGGCCUUUGCUUUGGCCGAAGCCUCGACGGCUAUGAUCUGGGGACAUAUCUCUGAUCGCUAUGGGAGAAAGCCGAUUGUUCUCCUGGGACUUGCGGGAGUGGCGUUGUCCAGUCUGCUAUUUGGGUUUGCAAAGAACUACUGGGUAGCUCUCCUGGCGAGAGUAGUCGGCGGGCUCUUGAACGGAAACGUGGCCGUGAUGCAGACCAUGGUGGCGGAGAUGGUCAAGAGACCAGAGCACGAGCCAACCGCCUACGCCGUUCAACCUUUUGUGUGGAGUUUAGGAUCGAUCGCUGGGUCCGCUCUGGGAGGAUUUACAGCGCAACCUGCCCGAUUCUAUCCUCAACUCUUCUCUCCCGACGGGGUUUUUGGCGAGUAUCCUUAUCUCUUACCGAACCUGGUUUCUGUGGCUAUCAUUGUCAUCGCCAUCAUUCAGGGAUGGAUCUUCCUCAAGGAGACGAACCCAGUGUCGCGAGCACCAGGCACACUCGUUACGGUCCACAAUGCCGAUUCGGUGGAUGAGACGACGCCCUUGUGGCCGAGGCAGAGAAGGCAAUCGGCGCUCAGUGCAAUUUCAACAGGGACUGGUGGGCUCGGUUACGUGGCGGAAUCCAUGCCCGUCGCCAUCGAUCCGGCCUUCGACCUUCGACGGCCAUCUGUGGCCUCCAUCGCCUCAUUCACGUCACUGGUAAAAAUCCCACCACAAGUCGAGGCUGCCAUCGAAGAUGGGGAUGACGAACAAACUGUCCGGCCGGAGAAAAUCAGGGCUUUUACUAAACCCGUCGUCAUGUGGACCGUUGCUCUCGUGGUGAUGUCGUACCACUCGAUGGCUUUCGGGUCCGUCCUCCCUAUUUACCUCCUCGACGAUCCACAACGACCUCCUCGAGAGCUUGACCUGAAAGGGGGCCUUGGGAUGAGUCUGCACGAAGUCGGGACAUACCUCGCAGUUAGCAGCGUCAUGUCACUAUUUUUUCAGGCCGUUGUGUUCCCCUUCUUUGUGGCGAAAUUGGGCGUCUGGAAGUCAGUUUUGUCAGUGACGCUUCUUAGCCCGUUCAUCCACACCGUUGUGCCGUUCGUCUCUCUUCUGCCGAAACCUGGUGCGGGCAUCUAUGCUGUGCUGGCAUUCCAGAGCUUCACGGGCGUCGUCUCAUUUCCGACCUUUUUGAUACUUUUGAAGAACGCCACCCCGUCGCCGCUGGUGCUGGGCAAAGUGAAUGGACUGGCCAUGUCAGCUUGUUCCGCCGCGAGAACGGUGGGACCACCGCUUGUCGGGAUUUUCUACAGCAGCCUUGGUUCAGCAGGGGCAUGGUGGAGCUGUGCCAUUGUGGCCAUAAUUGGGGUCAUCCAGUUCUACUUCUCACCCAGGCCACGGGACGACGACGAGACGAUAUUGCGGAGAGCCUCUACGGCUGCCGUGGAUGCUCCGCCCAUGGCUGAUCUGGUGCGGAGUCAGGAAGAGUAG